UCCUCGAUCAUCUCCUGGCAAACCCAUGGGACCAAUUAUGAUCAAGAAGAAGCACAUCCUCCUCCUCGCACUCAUCCUCUCCUUUUCCCCCAUGCAUGCAUGGGAAACGGAUUGGACGGAUGGCGCCUCAAGAACUAGAGAGUACAUGCACCCCAACCUUGUGAACUCGCCGUCGUUGCCACCAUACAAUGACGUGAUCGGCCCAUCCGCUCCUGCAGCCGACGACGUUCCGCCGCCGCCGCCGCCGCCGCCGCCGCCCUACUGUGUGUACCCUCCCCCCGCAAAGCCUGCCUUGCCGGCCCCGUUGCCGCCGGCGAGCCCGCCCGGCGCGUCCCCGCCGUCCAUCGCGCCGGGCAGCCCGCAGCCGCCGCCGCCGGCGUUCCUGCCGCCGGUUGCGUUCCCGGCGCCUCCGCCGUCGCCGGCGCCGGCGCGGCCGGAGCUGUGGUGCGUGGCGAACCCGACGGUGGCGACCGCGGUGGUGCAGACGGCGAUGGACUACGCGUGCGGAUCGGGGGCGGACUGCGACAUGGCGGCGCCCGGCGGGCCGUGCUACCUGCCGGACACGCUGAUGGCGCACGCCUCCUACGCCUUCAACAGCUACUGGCAGCGCAGCAAGGUCACCGGCGGCACCUGCGACUUCGCCGGCGCCGCCAUGCUCGUCACCAGAGACCCAAGUUAUGAUGGUUGCCGGUACGUGUCCAUGUGAUUUGAACGGAUUGCGUCACAAACAUUUUUUGCAAUACUCUUCGUGCCAUUAAAUCACCACCUGCCCUGUGCAU